AUUAUGCUAUGCUAAGAAAGUACCUUGGAUGUUCAUGUAUGUUGCUAAGACAGAUUUCUUUCUGCAGAAGUUAGUUGAACAUGGGAGUUUAUUUUAGAACUAAAGAAAAGAAAUCUCCUUAAUUGACUUUGAACUAUCAGUGGCAUUCUAUAAAUAACACUGAAAGUAAAACAAUUGCACUUGUAAAAGCAUGGUGCCUUAAAUACUGUUAUUUAGGAUUUUAACAAUCAAUUAAAUAAUACUUAAUAACUGAAAGCAUGUUUUAUGUUAUCACUAAAGGGAAAACAAACCCAACCAUUUGUUUUCAUUAAACUAAAACCAGGACAAGAUCUCGUUGCUUGACCGCUCUGUGCUUCACUGAAAGUUGUCCUCCUUAGGGAAAUGUGAGCAAAUGUAAAGGACAGCCAAAGGGAAAAGGGGAAUCCGGAAUACACACACAGUCCUUUAAAAGAAGUCAGUGUUACCUAACUUGUAGUAAGAAUCUGAAGGAAAAGAUUUAAUUUUGGUUUUAUUCUGAAAGAUUUUGUUCUUGUACACAGCACAUUGAUCAGCUUCGAGAUUCACGAUAGGCAUUCAGGGCCUCAUAGAAAAGUUAGAACAGAUUGAUAGAACAUAUGGACCAUCAUCAGAGUAAUCAUUUGGAAUUAACACAGACAUCCAGAAACCAGCGGCUCCAGGGGCUCUUCAGCAAGGACUUAAAUGAACACCAGUAAUGUAUUUAUGGAAUGCAACAACUAUUCCUAAAUUUAAUUAAAAUAUGACGCCUGGAAAUGACCACCCUGAAGAAUACAGGAUUGCAUCACUGGUCUUCUACAGCUUUGUAUUCACAGUGGGACUGUUGGUGAAUGCUACGGCGCUAUGGGUUUUCAGCUGCACUACCAAGAAGAGAACAACUAUAACUGUGUAUAUGAUGAAUGUGGCACUACUGGACAUAAUUUUUAUAUUUUCCUUGCCUUUUCGGAUAAUCUACCAUGGGACAAAAAUGUGGCCUUUCGGAGAUACAUUCUGUCGGAUUGCUGGUGCUUUCACUAUAUUUUAUCCAGCCAUUGCUCUGUGGUUGCUCGCUUUUAUAAGCGUAGACAGGUUUAUGGCUAUUGUCCAACCCAAACAUGUCAAAGAACUAAAAAACACAAAAAAAGCUGUACUGGCUUGCAUUGGAAUCUGGGUAAUGACCCUUGCCACAACAUCCCCACUGCUGUUUCUACAGUCUGAUCCAGAUAAACACUCCAAUUUCACUACCUGCAUGAAAAUUCUUGAUAUCGUCCAUUUAAAGGAAGUAAAUACAUUGAACUUUUCUCGCUUGAUUUUUUUCUUUUUGAUUCCCUUGUUUAUCAUGAUGGGCUGUUACCUCGUCAUUAUUUACAAUUUUAUUCGUGGCAGGACUUCCAAGCUGAAACCCAAGGCCAAGGAGAGAUCCAUAAGAAUUAUAGUGACUCUGAUUGCUCAAGUUCUCACCUGCUUUGUACCUUUCCACAUUUGCUUUGCUUUCCUGAUGCUGCAAGAUGCAGACACAACUUACAACCCCUGGGCAGCCUUUACCACCUUUCUCAUGAAUCUCAGUACAUGCUUGGAUGUUAUACUAUACUAUAUUGUUUCUAAACAAUUUCAGGCCAGAGUCAUCAGCGUAAUCCUUUACCGCAAUUACCUUCGAAGCGUGCGCAGGAAAAGUUUUCGAACUGGAAGUGUAAUGUCACUCAGUAACAUGAACAGUGAAAUGAUAUAAAAAAAGUGUCAGGGGACUUUUUUAGUGGAAACCAGUGAUUCUUUUUACAGACUGUAGAUGUUGACUGCACUGAAGAGUGCUCUAUAGCCAGAAGUAAUGGCUAUAUUUUUUUGUAUUGUAAAUAUAAGAGAAGCAGAAUAAUAAUUGCACCUUUUUAUAUUUGCUCAACAGCUUUGGUAAAUCUGAAAUGAACUAAACCUAGCACCAGUGUUAAACUUCCCAAUGUUUUUGUCAUCUCAAAACAUUGUGAAUAUUCAGACAGGGAAAAGUGAUUAUAAUAAAGCAGACAACACCGAGGAACGAUGACGCAAUGUAUAGAUCAAUUUUUUAUAUUUGCCCAAACAAAUGCUCCUGAAACUACUGUAUAUCCCACACUUCUAAAAUUUAGCUCCGUUAUCUCAAUAUCAACGUUAGCAUGACCUGAAGAGAAAGCAUAUGCAGGUAAUAUUUCAUUCAACUAAAAACUUCUUUGACAAAGAUUUCUUUGCACCUGACAAUAUUCUGCAGUCAUAGGUAAAAAUAUCAUCAAAAGGUAUAAUAGUCAAACUGCUUAUCAGUUCCUUGUGGGAAUGACGUGCACAUUUAUUACACCCUACUCUUGCACAAAGUAUCUUUUCAGACAGAUGAAAAUACUGAAUUUGUCCAGACACACAAGGCAGCCUAUGCCCCAGCAACAAACUUCAAGGUAGAAAACAUGAGUAAUUGCACCACCAUCCAAGCUUUCAACUUCUUUUGAAUACUCACACACUACAAAAACUUAUCUUUAUAAUGUCAAACACAUGCUUUUUCUUCCUAAUUAUAUCAGCCUUUAGCUGCUUUCAAGAUACACAUUAAAAAGGUAGAAAUAAAAAAAAGCCUAAUAGUGUUUAAUAUUAAAAGAUCUCACUCCAAGAGCUUUUAUUAUUACCUCAGAGCGUGCAACACAUGGAAACUCAAGUCUGUAUGAGGGUGAUCUCACCCGUCAGAAGCUUAACCACAAAAGCUCUGCAAACUCUAUGGUUCUACUUUUACAUCUCUUAUUAAGUAAAGAAAUUUCAAAUAUAGGUAAUGCGAAACUGAACCAUUAAAUACCUUAAAGCUCUAAGAACAUCAGACGCAAGCACUAAGUGGAAUAACAUGGUCUGGCACUCAAUUUUUGAAACACAAACAUACAAAAUACCAGUAGGAAAUUAAUAUAGCUGCAUAGGCAUUUAAAAGUGAACAUAAAGAAAUGAAUUAAAGUUGUGCUGUCUGUGGUUUAAGAAAGCAGCACCAACCUGAUUGCAGUUUUCAGAUAUACUGAACUGAACAAAAACAACCAAACGCGGCAAUAAUUUGUGCCCUGCAUGUUUCAAUCACGCUAACAGUGGAAAUGGGAUUAGCGAUGGAUAUUAUAUGGAUAAAUGAUAAAUUAAUUAACCACAGAUCACAACUAGGAAAUGAAUGUUUGAAAAUACAAUGGUUGUGCCAAGAACCUUUACGCUGUAGUUCAAAAGGGGAUUACAUUUAAUUUGAAGGGUUACAUGAAAAAGAAGUCUUUAAAAAAGGUUUUCUUAAUUAAAAUCUGCACAAAAUAACCCCUUG